AAAACUAAUUAUCUAUUAUACUUCAUACUUACAUCAUCAUUGCAUUUCGUAUAGAUACGGCUGCUUUUAAUAAUAGAAAUAAAAAAAGAAAUGAAAAAAGUAACGGGGUUUGGACGCUUCCACGUGACCAACUUAAAAUCAAACCCCGUCAUAUAUAAAGUUCAAAAAAUAUCCCCCCAUCCAAAUUUUUGAUUAAACACAAUUUAUCAAAUGGCAUCAAAAACAAUUUUAUUUCUUAACUUCAUCUUUAUAGAUCAUUUGUUUAUUUGUCAUUUAUCAUAUCGGAUGAAUGUGGUUUAAUUAUAUUUAAUUGGACUUAUAAACCAUUAUAUCAUAUCUUAACCUUAAAUUUUCGAGGAGAAGUGUAGUCCAUAUAUACACACACCCACAUAUCAAUCAUAGACUGUCGCAUACACUUUCAACAUGGAUAUUGAAUCACAAACCAGCAAAUCAAAUAGAAAACAUGCCAGUAGGGCGUGUUUGGAAUGUCGAAAAAGACAUUUCAAAUGUGAUAGUGUUGAACCUAUCUGUGGUAGGUGUUCAAAAUCAAAUAGGGAUUGUAUUUAUGUGGAGAGUCAUAGAGGAGGAUCUCGUAAAAAAGGGGUUUCUAAGAAAGCUCAAAUAGUUAUCACUGAAGGUCCACCGAUUAACUCAGUUGAUAUUGAAGAUUUCCCAUUCAUGAAAAAUGUUAAAGACCUUCAUUUGAUUCAAAAGAAAGAAAGUCAUGUAAGAGAAAAUAAAAGAGCCAUAUCUGAUGAAGAUCAAGAAACUUUAGAUCAAUUAUUUCAAUUACCUUGUGCUAAGGAAACCAGUAGAUGUAAUGGAUCAGAUUGUCAAGCUAAGAUGGCAGUUAAUUUAUUUAAAAAUAGACAUUCAGGUCCUUUAUCACUUCAAGAAAAACAAUUAAUCAAUAAAUUAAGGAAAAAGAUAAAGUUAGAUCAUAAUAUUGAUGAUCUUGAUUGUAUAUUUGCCAACAAAGAAGAAAUCAAACAACAACCAGAAAGUAUAGAAGAACUUGUAAGCACAUUAAAGAUUCAUACUCAAAGUAAUUUUAUGGAUUUAUCUUCGAUUGAUGCGGAAGAUGUCAUAAAGAAAUAUUAUGAAAAAUUCCAUUGGUCUCAUCCUUUAUUACCACCUAAAAAUGAAAUUCAUCAAUAUAUAAAUGAUUCAUCUAUCCAAUUUGAAUUAAUCCCAAUCAUGAAAGUGGUAACUGAUGGUUAUACCAAGACUAUAUUUUCCAAGAAUAUCGAUUUAAUCUCAGAUAGAAUCUCUCAAUGUAUAAAAGUGGUCAACGAUAAUGGAUUCAAUGAUAUAAUCUCCAUCCAAUCCCUUAUUUUAAUCUCCAUCAUAGCUCAUAUUUCAUCCCUUCAUAAAUUAAGUAAAACCAUAAGACAUUUAUGUGUCAUACUAUUACGAAAAUUAGAAGUGGAUAAUAUAGAUAAACCAGAAUCCACCCCUCAAUUCCAACUUGAUUCCCCUAUAUCAGAUAAAUCAAGAUUACCAAUUUUACAAUCGUCAAGAUUAGGUGCCUUAUCAGGUUUAAGUAUUGCGGAUAAUGCUCGUAGAUGUUUUUGGGAAUUACAUUUCUUUGAUGUUAUUAUCGGAUCCGCUGAUGGUCGUACAGUUACUAAGAUGGAUGCUCUUUCAACAAAUAUCAAUUAUCCUAAUAUCCCUGAUAGAGAAUCAUUUGAUUAUAAAAGUAGAGCGGAAGCUACUAAACUUGUUACAGAAGCAGUUAAGUUAAAUAUUGAAGUACUUGAUAAAUUACCUGUCGAGGCAACCUUAACUAGAUUAAAAGCAUCGGUAUCUAAUUUCGCUAUGAAGCUAGAAAAUCCAAAAAUGUUUAAUGCUCCAUCUCUUGUUUCACUGAGUGGUAAAAUCAAUGAAGGUGUUCAUCAAGCUAUUUUGUUAUUCAAUUAUGCUAAGAUUUUCGUUCAUCGUCCAUUCUCAUUCCUUUGGAAAAUCAAUUCACCUCAAAAUCCAAAAUGUGAAGGUGAUACAUCAGAUGAAGAAGGAGGCAAUACACCCACUCAAUCUGAACUUGAUUCUAGAGCAGUUAUAGAAACUAGAAAGACAAUUGAAGCUGCCAUUUCAAUCGUCCAAGCUCUUAUAGAUACUGAUGCUACAAAAGUACUUGAAAGAACUCCUUUAUUUGCUUGUGCAUUAGCAUUGGCUGCUUUGGUUUUCAUCAGUGCUUAUAUUUGGGUGGAGAAUAGUUUAAAAGGAAAUGAAGAAACAUUAAAGAAACAUUUAACUUCCCAAGAUCUUGAUACAUAUUCGGAAUAUAUUACGUUAUCAUUAUCAGCAAUUUAUCCUAUCUCAAAUCAUUGGAUUCUUUCAGGAAAGUUGGCUAGACAUAUUAGAGAAUCAUUAGUUAGUAUCAGACCUGAAUUAUAUUCAAAAUUAAAGGAAAACUUACCUCAUAUUGAAAUCAAGAUUGAGCAAGAAUUAAUAAAACCAUCACCACCAGUCAGACAUGUUACCGCCAAACAAAAGAUCGAAGAAGUGGUUGGUGCAGCCAUCCCUAGUGAUGGACUGAUAAAAAGCAGUGUAUCAUCAUUUUCACCUGAAAGCUUUCCCAAGGGAGAUUUAUCACUUACUAAUUCAUCUGAAUUGACCCUGGUAGCACCAGACUCAGACGGUGUCAUAGCAGAUAGAAAGGGUAGUAUUCUUGAAUAUAGUAGUUUCUUUCAAAAUAGUUUUGAAACUCAAUUUGAUCCGAUGAAUUAUACGGGUCAAUUAUCACCUGUAUCAGAUACAGGAUGUGAUUGGAUUGAUAAAGCAUUACAGGACUAUUUUGAAGUCGAUAAUUUAGGGUUAGCAGGUUAGCUGAGGAUUAAGGUAGUAGGAUUUUAGUUGGGGUCUUAUAUAUAGAAAACGUAUACAGAAUAUACAUAAUUAAUUAUAUGCUAAUUAU